GUCAGUGUACUGUGUCCCUCAAGGUCCAUGCCGACCGGUUUUCUACCAGCUGGUGGAUCGGCAUCUUGUUUUACGGAAAUAACUGGAAAAUUCGGUGUUACCCUCAAAAUGUGUUGUCAGACGUUUUGCUGCUCACGGUAAUAUAAUUAUUGUAUUUAAUACUUCCCUUGGAAACUGCACUGGUCCAUUUUCAUUUUUGAUCGGAAACUCCGCUUCGUCAUGACGGAAGCGGCGACCAGGUGACAAGAAUCUACAACAAAUGCUGGACAAGCAAGAAAAGAACGUCAAAGGCAUUGUGAAAGAAGAGUCUGCUCCAACAGAAAAUCCCUGGAGGUAGUUUGUACGGAAAUCUCAUAGAAUGGAUUGGAAGACCAGAUGUGUUGUAUUGAGGACAAAUUAGCGCAUGUGAACACCUUCGAAGCCAGACUAGUCGACAAGCUAGAGUUUCUCCAGGUGAGCAGUCUUCAGGGAACGCACUGCCCGUGCAAAUAGCACACGGUCACCAGCCGGGUGACUGCACGCAGCAUGGCAGCAGCGAGUAAUGGUGUACAAACACGCGGGGAUAGUCCCCUCUGCCUAAUGACUGGUGUGUUACUUCCUCUACAGAUACUAAUGGAGGUGUUUCAAAAAAGUUCACAAGCAAGUCAGGAAAGUGUGAUAAUGUUUCUGGCCACAAGAGUGGACAGUUUACUCAGGUAACGUCACAGUCUGAUUUCAACACCUCACUAGUCGUCAUGGCAACUGCAGGUAGCUUGCUUCAGUGGCAGUCCACAGCGCCCAUGCCUACUAAGCGUGUUUUCGCAACAUCUGUAGUGCAUAAGAACUUCUUGUACAUAAUCGGAGGCUGUGAUGUCUCUGGUGUUCCACUAGACGCAAUGGAGAUGUAUGAUGGCCAUAAAAAGUGGAAACGGCUCAUGUCCAUGCCAACCCGAAGGGCUGGAACUGCUGCUGUGGUUGUGGAGGACAAAAUUAUAUCCAUGGCUGGUGUAGCUGAGUCCCAGGAACCAUUAGAUGCUGUAGAGAUUUUUGAUACCAAUGCCAGGACCUGGUCGGUCGUGGAACCUCUCGGAGAAGCAUUGCUAGGGAUCUCUGCAGUCACCAGAGAUAACAAAAUUCUAGUUGUUGGUGGCAUGGGUCUUGACACAAACCCAAGGGAUACAUUUGUUGAAUUUGAUGUGGCUGACAACAAGUGGCAGAAACUUCCAAGCAUGCCAACAGCACGUUAUGCAGCUUUCACCUUCAUCAUCAAUAACAAGCUGUAUGUGAUAGGAGGACGGCAAGGAAAACUACCUACAGCAGCCUUUGAAGUUUAUGACUUCAGUGAGAAGAAAUGGACAAAGUUACCUGACAUUCCCAGCAAACGAGUCUUUGCUAUGUACACUGCCAGUGACACACAUAUCUUUAGUGUUGGCGGACUAAGACAGCCAGCCACUGAAGGCUUCUCUGAUGCCUGUGAGGUGUUUGACAUAGCUGCAGGAACAUGGAAGCUAGGAGCAUCAAUGCCUACCAAGCGAGCAGAUUUUGCGGUGGGAAUUCUUCAUGAUCGCUUGGUGUGUGCUGGCGGACUGGGCAAUGAAGGCAAACCAUUGGCAAUUGUCGAGUCCUACUGCCCCAGCACAGACAAAUGGCAGCAGGAAAAGCCCAUGCCGUCCACCCAUUGCUCCUGUUCAUAUCUGGUUCAUAAUGGCUGCCUUUAUGUUGCUGGGGGACUCUCAUUACAAGGGGCAAGCAACUGCAUAGAUGUGCUCCAGUUUAAAUGAGUCAUCAGAUUGUGAGAAACACUAAGCAUGUGAUACCUGACACCGGCAUAGAAAGCUGGUUGAAAAUGAUUGAGACUGUAUGUCUAUACCUCCUGGAAACACUGCUGGUGGUAUUGGUCAGGGAGGAACAAAACUAGAUAUUCAAGUAUAUUCAGUUUGAUGCAUCUAACCAGGUAGGAAGAGACAGAGGGGAACCAACACCAGGUGUUGAAACAGCUGAUGAAUGUGGCCCUGUAGAGGCAAACCCAGCACUACCUGACCGACUAGAAACAAACCCAACACUGCCUGGUAAAACGCCGGUAUUUUAACUCCAAUUAGUACUUUAUCAAAACAUUUUAAGAGACCAGAUUGUCACAACAAUUCUGACAACUCAACAUGUAGUAUGUGGCCCAUAGUAAAGCCCUCUGAUGCUUAAAUUCUAAAAAUAUUGCUUUUUAAUUUUUUAUGUUGUCUAAGCUUUCAUUUUCUGCAUCACACUAUCAGUGUUCAUAUAUCUGUCUGCUGAUGAUCAAAUCAUGUGCUUAUAACCUUAAGGAUGUGAACCUGGGCAUAUGUAGAGAACUAGUCAACGUGUGCAUGCUUAUAACCUGAAGGGUGUGAACUAAAGACAGACCUGUGUUAUGUGGCUGCUUUCCUGAUUAUAUGUACAGAACUAAUCACUGUGCAAGAAAUAGUUUGUAUCUUGUAUUUGAUGAUCAAGGCGAGGUUUAGGGGAGAAACAGGGUCAACUCUUGCAUACAUGCUGGGUAUGUUGUCUCAUUCUAGAUUAACUCUGGCGUGAUUGCAAAUUUAUUUUUUUUUUAAAUCCUUCAUUUUAAAAAUCACUUCGUAUGGAACUUUCUUAGAUGGAGAGUUUGGGGAAGUGUGUGUGUGUGGAAGUGGGUAUGGUCUGGAUGACAGGGAGGCAAGGCUUGUCACAACAAUCCUUGCACAGCUGUCAAUCCUUUGUCUCCUUACUGUGAC